AUGUCAAAUUUACUUGCACCCCUAGGCACCAAGGUGAAACAUUUCAAGUGGGGCUAUACGCAAUGUGAUGAAUUAGCUGCCGCGGGUCGAGGGGACUCUUGUUUCAAUAAAAGAGAACCAACAGAUGCAGAGCGAGGGGAACUCCGGACUAUCCCUAUGAAUUGCAGAUUCUGCGAAAAUGAGGACGAAGCAGUAAAGGAACGGGCCAUAUUGAAUUUCGGAAAGUUGGGACAGACAGCCGAGGAGAAUAUCAAAGCAUUGACGGAAUAG